AUGCGGGGCAUGAAGCUGCAGGUUCUCAUCACCCUCGCCUGCUCCUCUGGCUUCCUGCUCUUUGGUUACGAUCAGGGUGUCUUCUCCGGCGUCAAUGUCUCGCCAUACUUUGUCGAGACCUUCAACAACCCUGACUCUGACCUCCUCGGCACCAUCUCCGCCAUUUAUGAUAUCGGCGCCGCCUUUGGUGCCAUCUCCUGCAUGAUCUUUGGCAACAACCUUGGUCGCAAGCGCAUCAUCAUGCUCGGCUGUCUCAUCUGCUCUGUCGGUGCCGCUCUCCAGGGCUCCGCCAAAACCGUCGCCCAGCUCAUCGUCGGUCGUAUCGUUGGCGGAUUCGGCGUCGGCCAGUUGACCUCCACCAUCGGUAUCUGGCAGGCUGAGACCUCAGAGGCCCACAACAGAGGUGCCCUCAUGUCGAUCGAGCUCGUGCUCUGCGCCAUCGGUCUCCUUCUCGCCCAGUGGAUCAACUACGGCUUUGGCACAAACGGCGGUGCUGUUGCCUAUCAGUUCCCCAUUCUCUUCCAGCUUGUCUUCCUUGCUGGCACCAUGUGCCUUGUUCCUAUGCUUCCUGAAUCCCCGCGCUGGCUCGUGGGCAGAGGCAAGAUGGACAAGGCUGCUGACAUUCUUGUCUGGCUCAGCUCAAACCCUGAUGCUACGAAGGAAGACCCCGAGAUUGCCAAGACCCUCCGCGAGAUGGAGGAGAUUGCUCUUCUCGAGGACAUGUCUGGCUGGAUUUGGUUCAAGACCUUGUUCAAGGGUGGCCCUACCCAGAACGGUCGCCGUGUUGCCAUGUCUUGCGCUAUCAACAUGUUCCAGCAGCUCUCCGGUGUCAACUCCGUCACAUACUACGUCCCCACCCUGCUCAUUACCUUCAUCGGUGUCUCUCGAUCAGACUCGCUUUGGAUCGGUGGUCUUACCAGUGUUGUCUCCCUUGCCUUUGCCAUUGUGCCCAUCUUCCUUAUCGAUCGUUGGGGUCGUCUGCCGUUCUUGGCCACCGGCGCUGGUAUCCAGGCUGUCAGUUUCUUCGUUGUCGCCGGUCUCUACGCCAACCUUCCUGAAGAGGGCACCGAUGCCGCAAAGUCAUAUGGUAUCGCCAUCGUGGCCUUCAUCUUUGUCUUCUUUGCCUCCUUCUCCACUUGCUGGCUCGGUCCCUCGUGGAUGUACUCGGCCGAGAUUCUGCCUGUCCAGGGCCGUACUCACGGCAUGGGUCUCGCUGGUAUCUUCUACUGGAUGUUCAACUUUUUGAUCGUCAUGAUUUCGCCCACCGCUCUCGAGCGCAUCUCGUGGAAGUACUACGUGAUCCUCGGUGUCUUCAACGCCUGCUUCGUUCCUUCCCUAUACUUCUUCACUGAGACCAAGGGUAAGACCCUCGAGGAGCUCGACUUGUACUUUGCCGAGCGGUAUCAUGGUGGACGUGAGCUUCAUGAUCUUGAGGCAGCUAUGCAGAUGCGCGAUGUCGAUAACGACAAGCCUAUGGCUUACCAGCUCGAGAAGAUCAACUCUGCUACUGCUGGUCAGGUUGAGAAGGCUGCUGUCGAGCACGGCUCGGAGUCUUCUGCCACUGCUGAGAAGUAG